AUGGCUAGUGGUAAACUGAAAAUUAACGUUCGUAGUGCAAACCCAAAUGAUGAGAUAAUCCCUGUCCGAGAAAAGGAGAAAGAUGUGAGUUCUUCCCAAGAAAGUUCUAGUAAAGAGAGUACUUAUGACGACUCUCAUGAGGACAAUCUAUGUCUACAACUCCAGGACAGUGAUGGAAACAUUCAGACAAAGAAUGCCUGCAGUGACCCUCAAAUACUGUACAACUCCUCUAUCUUCCAAGUCAAUGAAGAUGAUGGUACAUGUUAUGCUGAAUGCCACGAUAUAAUUUUUCCAGAGGACGAAUUGAACAGUAGCAUAGAGGAUGAAGCCUUAGGGGGCUGGUUCAAGAUCACAAUUCCAAAUGGGAGAAAGUACAGCAAGAUGUGGAUAAUUAAUUUACUCCAGAGCCAUUGCAGUGUGGCCUUCACACCAGUUGAUUUCCAAUACAUCAGAAACCAGAUACAGUUCUUUGUCCAAAAUUCUAGAAGCGCCUAUGAACUGAAGAAUAUAAACUACCAGCUACGUGAUGAGGAAAACAGAAAGAUAUCUAUCUAUGUUAGUUCAUCUAUUGAACCUGUAUCUGUGCAGUACAAGUUAACACCAGAACAGAUGGAGAUCCUAAAGCUGAGCAUGAAGAAACGAUAUAAUGUCUCCCAUAAAUCUCUGUACCUCAAAAAGUUUCGCUUUGACUCAGACUUAACGGGUCAUGGGAUUGACAUAUUUCUGAACAGAAGAAGCUGCAUGGCUGCUACCCUUCAGGUCAUCCAAGUAGAUUACCCUGAGCUAUUGUCCUUGAACUUGAGCAACAACAAAAUAUACUGGCUAGAUGGCCUGUCUGAAUUAAUAGAGAGAGCCCCUCAAAUCAAGAUUCUGGACCUUUCAAGAAAUUUGCUGAAGACAGUGUGGGAGUUGGAGAAGAUGAAAGGGCUGAAGCUGAAAGAGCUGUGGUUAGAAGGGAACCCCUUGUGCAGCACCUUCCCAGACCAUUCUGCCUACGUAAGUGCUGUUCUGAACUGUUUCCCGGAGUUGUUACACUUGGAUGGCUGGACGUUAUUCCCGACAGUUGACGCUGACACCUUGGAAAUAAUAAAACCACGUAAGGAAAGCUAUAGAGGAUCUGAAAGUCUGAAGAAUCUGGUCGUGCAAUUUAUGCUUCAGUAUUACUUGAUCUAUGACUAUGGUGAUCGACGCAAUCUCCUCACUGCUUACCAUGCAGAUGCCUGCUUCUCCCUGACCAUUACCUUCAACUCUAACAAGCCAGACAUAACAAGUUUAGAAGAAUACUGCAAGGAUAGCAGGAAUAUGAAGAAGCUCAAGGACUCCACUUUGCGGCGGCGGCUGCUGAAGCACAAAAAAUGUAGCAUUGUAACCUGCCUUCAGGAACUGCCAAAAACUCAGCACGAUUUAAAUUCCUGUGUAGUAGACAUUUGUGCCCACACAGAAAAGAUGAUCUGCUUUUCUGUCAAUGGGGUGUUCAAAGAAAUGGAAGGAAAGUCUGAGGGAUGUAUUCGUGCCUUUACCCGGACAUUCAUCUUAACUACUGGCAGAUAUUUCAGGCUUUGCAUUGUGAAUGAUGAAAUGAUCCUGAGGAAUGCCAGCCCUUCAGAGACCAAGAAGGCCUUCUCUACCACCAUGCCCACAAUCUUCUGUGCCCAGAGUUCUCAGCAGAUGAAGGAUUCCUCCACCCAGACUGAUUUGAAGUAUCUUGAGGACGAGUGGGACAGCAUUGGAGAUGAUGAGGCCCUUGGUACAGUCCAGUUGCUGUGCAAGGUGUUUGCGCACCAGUCAGCCCCUGCUGGGGACCACGGGCGUCAGGUUGUGGAAGUAUUGCUCAUGGAGAGGCUCCGGGUGCUCUGUGCCCAAGUUCUUGAGGGAGGGCCUUCAGACCCCUAUUCACAGCAGAGGUGUUAUGCCCAGAUCAUGACCCCAAAGAGACCAUAG